AUGAGUUUCUGUAUGCUAUUAUCAACUGCUACUGAUCAGAAAGUUGGAACCAAAACAAGCCAUAUCCUCAAGACCAUACAGAGUGAAGAUGGAGAUAUUAUUGACUGUAUUGAGGUGUACAAGCAGCCAGCUUUUGAUCAUCCUGCUCUACGUAAUCAUACCAUCCAGAAGAGAAGAGAACAGAUGGCACCCAGCUUUGAGGGAAAUAAGAAUGAUAUUAUUGAGGGUGAAGAUUUUCAUAGUAAGAAUAUGGGAAUGGAAGUAAGACAAGUAUGGAAAAGAAGAGGAGUGAGGUGUCCAAAGGGAACCAUACCAGUUCGACGAACCAUGAACCAGCAGCCACUUAGCAGCAGGGCCAUAAGGAAACCACACUACUACUUUCAUACUAACAACAACUUCUCCUCAGUUCAACUCGCAAAUCACUCGAAGGCGAUACUGCUUACAGUAGGGUAUAGAUAUUUAGGAGCUAAAGGAGAUAUCAAAGUGUUCAAUCCUAAUGUGGAGAAGGACGAUGAGUACACCACUUCUCAAGUUUCUCUCAAUAACGGUCCUUACUAUGACUACGAGAGCGUUGAAUCUGGAUGGGCUGUGAACCCGAGUGUUUAUGGGGACAGACAGACUCGAUUCUUUGUAUAUUGGACGAGUGAUGGUUCAAGAACAACUGGUUGCUUUGACCUGACAUGCCCUGGUUUCGUUCAAACGAGCAAUGAAAUAGCUCUUGGUGCAGCAAUCUACCCCUUACCCCUCCCUAAUGCCCUUCCUUACCAAAUAACCGUUUACAUUUUUAAGGAUCCUAUGACAAACAACUGGUGGGUGGAAUAUGGAGAGAAGAUAAAAAUAGGGUAUUGGCCGGGGGAGAUAUUCGAGGCCCUACGUUCGAAUGCGGAGAGUGUGGAGUGGGGCGGCGAGGUGUACAGCACCACCGUCGGCCACACUCCACACACCGCCACCGGAAUGGGAAGCGGCCGCUUCCCAGACACAAUGUUUGGCUACUCAGGAAUCAUCAAGAGAAUUCGAAUCCACGACAAUUCUGCUGCCUUGAAGUUCCCUGAAUGGGUUGAAACAUUCACCGAUGAGUUCAACUGCUACGAUGUUCUCUAUGUUGGAGAUUACAUUGUUGAUCCUGAGUUUUACUAUGGAGGCCCAGGAAAAAAUCCAAUGUGCCCUUGA